CAGUUCCUUAGAUUUAAAACGCUUGAAAGAAUGGCGGACGUACCUCCGUUUUGUGUUGCUCGCUUGCAAAAAGUAACGAGGCAAAGGCUGGACAAGUUUAACGAUCUGAGAGGUCAAAGAGUAAAACCUGGAGAAUUCUGGGAUGUAAUUGUUAUUACAGCCGCUGAUGACCGUCAGAAGGAAGCAUAUGAACUGCAGAUAGCAGAAAAAAUACAAAGGAAGGAGCUCCCCCUUGGUGUUAAAUAUCACGUAUUUGCUGAUCCACCAGGAUACAAAAUAGGCAAUGGUGGAUCCACAUUGUGGAGCCUACAUCACCUCAAAGAGACGUACCAUGACCAAAUGAAUGAACAUAAAGUUCUCCUAAUACAUGCAGGUGGAUACAGUCAGAGAUUGCCAAGUGCAAGUGCAAUGGGGAAAAUCUUCACAGCUUUGCCUCUCGGAAGUACUGUGUACCAGAUGUUAGAUCUUAAGCUGGCCUUAUACGUUGAUUUUCCAUUUCACAUGAAGCCUGGAUUUCUGGUAACGUGUGCAGAUGAUAUUGAAUUGUACAGUAUUAGUGAAGGCGAGUCCCUGAUUUUUGAUAGACCUGGCUUUACUGCUUUGGCUCAUCCUUCUUCUCUGUUGGUUGGGACCACUCAUGGCGUUUUUGUUUUUGAUGAAUCUCAAGAAACGGGUUGUAAAGAGCUGGAAUAUAGAAAGGCUCGUUGUUUUCUGCAUAAACCAGCCAUUGAGAAAAUGUACUCAAGUGGUGCCGUGUGCACAAAGCGCAGUAAUGCGUCAGGGUUAUUUCAAGACCUCGAUUUUUCAGGAUCUAAAAUUUCUGAGUUUGUGUAUACUGAUAGCACUUACUACUUUGAUCACGGGACAGCAACGCAGCUACUGGUGCUUUUUAAAGAAAUCUCUCCCCUCGAUUGUGAAAUAGACGCCUAUGGUGAUUUCCUUCAAGCACUGGGACCUGGAGCAACACCAGACUAUUUUACAUAUAUGAAGAAUGUCACAAAGGAGGCGGCAAAGCUGGUGGAUGUGAGAAAGAAGCUAUUUGUUUUACUCAAAGGGACCCCUCUCACAGUAAUUCUACUGAACAACUCCAAGUUCUGUCAUAUUGGUACUACCCAGGAGUACUUGUAUCACUUAACAAGAGACCAGAAACUAAGGGCAGAGCUUGGCUUCCUUUCUGAAGCUUUUAGUAUCUGUGCAGCACAGCCACCUUCCAGUUCCGCAGCUUGUAUAAUUCACAGCCUUGUGGCUCCUAGCUGUAGAGUAGCGCCGGGUUCAGUGAUUGAAUACUCCUGGUGUGAAGCAGGUGUUGCCAUAAAUGAGAACUGCAUUAUAAGUGGGUGUUGGCUAACCAGUGGUCUGCAGGUACCACCCAACACUUUUAUGCAUUCGUUAUGUGUGAGAAUAAAUGGAGACCUGCAGUUUGUAACGGUAGUGUUUGGAUCAGGAGACGAUCUCAAGAAAAGCGUCGGCUCACCAUUAGAAACUGAAAACCUGAAGUUUUUUGGAACAAGUUUGAAGAGGUGCGCUGAACUCUGGGGCAUUUCAGUCUCCAGUUUGGACUUCUCAGGCGAUCAAUCCGAUCUUAGUUUGUGGAAUUUACGCAUUUUUCCUUUGUGUUCUGACUUAAUAAGCUCGGUGACGUUAUCCCUGAAAAUGCUCGAGCAUUUGAGUGGCAAAUCCAGUGGCCACUUUGUAAAGGGAGUGCAAAUGGUGUCGAUGCAGGAAGCUCUUAGCUACAAAGACAUAACAGAAAUGUUAAAAUUUAGACAACACCUUUACCAAGAAAUUGAUUCUAAUAAACCAAAAGAAACAGUUGGCCUUAAAACAAAGGAAUUCUAGUGAAUGUUAUCAUCACUACACGUGUGGCGUAUCUGUUGGGAGUCGGUUCUUUCAUUCAUAUAAAGUGCUGUUUUUCUUGAACUGAUUAUUUACACUGGAUUUUUCUUUGAAAGCUGAAAUGUAAAAUGAAUGUUAUCAGAAGUAUUUUAAUAAAUAUUAUAAUAGUUAAUAUUUUAUACAAUA